AGGAAUACUUGUCCUUCUGUCUGUUGUUUUUUUUCCCUUUAAAUGUAAUGUUGAACUUCAGACGUGUGAGUGUCAGUGGUCUGGUGCGGGUCUGGAUUUUCUCACAUCUUUCUAGAGCUGUUGAAUGUUUACCAGUCAGGAGAACUUUGUGUGUGUGCUUCUUGCAGAAAUCAAAGAAGUCACCAAGGGCUGUCUGAGGAGAACCCUAAACAUCUUCUUCCUAAAACAAAAGAAAUCAAGACUCAGGAUAAGGAUUAACCGCUCUGCUCUUUGCUCUGAUAUUAUACGUGCUUAUGUCUUCUCUCUGCGUGAGGAGGGCGCAAAGUUGUGUUCCUGCUUAAAAGCCUCAUGGCUCAAAGUCCCUCAGAGGAACGUCCUGCAAUUGUCUCUGACGUGUGAGUGGACGGAAGAGAUAUUAGGAGGGGUUGAGUCGUCCUCGACAGUAGUGAAGCAGAGGGCGAGAGGUGUCUGGUUGUCUCGUCAUCUGAGGACUGCUGAAGCCAUCAGUGUGGAUCAUGUGUGCUGCAGCUUUGGAAGAGUACUGUGGGUCCAUCUUUUGGAAUGCUUCGUAUCUGGAUAGAGAAGACCCAGACCUCCCAGUCUGUGUGGAACAGACAGUGCUGGUCUGGAUCCCCCUUGGGUUCUUGUGGCUCUAUGCCCCAUAUUACCUGGUGUCUCUGUGCAGGAUGACACAAGUGAACACAAAACACCUGUCCAAGCUCUACCUCUGCAAACAGCUUUUGGUGUCACUAUUGUUCCUGACAGCCAUAGCAGGCCUAGCAGUCACAUUAGGACAGGAUUAUGGACCAAGCAAAGACACCGUUUCAACAGCAAAGAAUCCUGAUGUGUACUAUGCAAACCCUGUCCUGUACGCCGUUACAUGGAUCCUUGUGCUGUUGAUUCAGGAGGGAGUGAGGCGGAAGGAAGGAGCCAUAGACUCUGCCAGUCUCUUCAUCUUCUGGUUUCUUCUUGUUGUGUGCAACAUCUUCUCUUUCCAGACCCUCUUAAGGGAGGCACUCAGUCUGGGAGAGAUUACUGACAUCCCUCGUUUUUGCCUUUUCUACAUUUCCUUUGGGCUGCAACUGAUUGCACUGAUUCUCUCUGCUGUGGCUGAUAUCCCACCUGAAGCAAAGGAGCAUGUAAAGAAGAAUCCUGAGGCAGGUGCAGCAUUUUUGAGCAGAAUCACUUUCAACUGGUUUCACAGCAUGGCUUGGAAGGGGAAUAAGCGACCCCUGGUUCAGGAGGACAUGUGGGAUCUAAACGAGGUAGAUACCACUGCUUAUGUCAACCAGCGCUUCCAGCAUUUCAUGCAGUCGGAGUUGGACGCAGCGCAGGCCCGUUACCAAGAGAAGUUGGAGAAGAAACAGAACAGAGAGAAAGGCCAGGAAGAAGCCUUUAAAAGCGACCUCUCCAGCGGUCUAGGAAAAGGUGUCAGUCGGGACGUGCUGAUGAUGGAGGAGCAGGGAGUGAAGGAAGAUAAAAAGAAGAAGAAAAAGGACAAGAAAAAGGAGAAGAAAGACUAUCCCAAUUCAUGGCUGAUACCCACCAUUUACAAGACCUUUAAACGAAUUCUGUUUGAAUCUGCCAUCUUCAAGCUUCUGCAGGACCUGCUGUCUUUUGUCAGUCCUCAGAUCCUAAAACUGAUGAUCUCUUUCACUGCCGACAAAAACGCCUAUGUCUGGCAAGGGUAUGUGUAUGCAGUGCUGCUGCUAGUGGUGGCCGUGCUGCAGUCUCUGACCCUGCAGCAGUACUUCCAGCGUUGCUUUGUGCUCGGGUUGAAGGUUCGCACAGCUAUCAUGGCCGUCGUGUACAAAAAGGCACUGGUGGUGUCUAAUGAAGCUCGCAAAGAGUCAACUGUUGGCGAAACGGUGAACCUGAUGUCAGCUGACGCCCAGCGCUUCAAUGAUGUGACCAACUUCAUUCACCUCCUGUGGUCCUGCCCUCUGCAGAUCAUCCUGUCCAUUGUUUUCCUGUGGAUGGAGUUAGGACCAUCUGUAUUGGCAGGGCUGGGGGUCAUGGUGCUAAUGGCGCCGAUCAAUGCACUGCUUGCCACCAAGGCUAGAAACAUCCAGAUUAAGAACAUGAAGUUCAAAGACACGAGACUGAAAAUCAUGAAUGAAAUACUCAAUGGUAUCAAAAUUCUGAAGCUGUAUGCAUGGGAGCCAUCCUUCCAGAAGCAGGUGGAAGACAUCAGGGAGAAAGAACUGAAAGUCAUGAGGAAGUUUGCCUACCUGUCGUCUGUCUCCACCUUCAUCUUCAGCUGUGCUCCAGCUCUGGUUUCUCUGGCCACAUUUUCGGUGUUUGUUGGGGUGAGCUCAGACAACGUGCUGACGGCUGAGAAAGCUUUCACUUCCAUCUCACUUUUCAACAUCCUCCGAUUCCCACUGGCUAUGCUGCCCAUGCUCAUUGCUGCUAUGGUGCAAACAACAGUAUCUAAAAAACGCCUGGAGAAGUUUCUGAGUGGUGAGGACCUUGAUAGUGACAUUGUGCACCAUGACUCCAGCUUCAAAUCUGCUGUUAGCAUAUGUGAUGGUUCCUUUACCUGGGAAAGAGAUGCUGAGCCUAUGCUGAAAAAUGUGUCCUUGGAUGUUAAGCCAGGCAGGCUGGUUGCAGUAGUGGGAGCUGUGGGCUCAGGAAAGUCUUCCCUCAUAUCAGCCCUCCUGGGAGAAAUGCACCGAACCAAAGGCUUUAUCAAUAUUCUGGGUUCCCUUGCCUUUGUGCCACAGCAAGCUUGGAUCCAAAAUGCCACUCUGAGAGAUAAUAUCCUCUUUGGCUCUCCCCAUGAGGAAGAGAGGUUCCAGCAGGUGAUACAGGCCUGCGCCCUGGCCCCUGACCUGGAGCUGUUGCCUGGUGGUGACCUCACUGAGAUUGGAGAGAAAGGCAUCAACCUCUCAGGUGGUCAGAAGCAACGUGUGAGCUUGGCCCGGGCAGCUUACAGUCAGGCUGAUAUUUAUCUAUUAGAUGACCCCUUGUCUGCUGUGGACUCUCAUGUAGGAAGGCAUCUCUUUGAUAAAGUUAUUGGACCCAAUGGGAUACUCAAAGACAAGACUCGUAUUCUGGUGACUCAUGGAGUGAGUUUCCUGCCAUACGUAGAUGAAAUUGUGGUCUUGGUUGAUGGAGUGAUUUCUGAGAUUGGAUCUUACAACAGCCUUCGUGCCAGCAAAGGAGCUUUUUCUGAGUUUUUAGACACAUAUGCCAAAGAACAAAGUAAUCAGUCCCAUUCAGCGUCAGGUGACCAGGACAGUGUAGAUGUUGAGCUCAUUCCCGAAAGAGAGGACACUCAAGCUGACUCUCCACUGGAGGACACGGUUUCUAUUACACUGAAGAGAGAAAACAGCAUCCGCCGGAGUCAGCGCAAGGGCAGUGUCAGACUAAGAAAAAAUAAUUCCAUAAAAAGAACUGAUGAUGUUGGUGAAUUAAAGAAAGGCCAGAAACUAAUAGAGACAGAAGCUAUGGAAACAGGACAGGUGAAGAUGUCAGUGUACCUGGAGUACAUGCGUGCAAUGGGCUGGGGAUAUACUGCCAUGUUCUUCCUGGCUUACUUCAUCCAGAACGUUGCCUUCAUCCUUCAGAACCUGUGGCUCUCUGACUGGACCAAUGAUGAAAUGGAGUACUUCAACAAAACAUACCCUAGCUGGAAGAGGGACACCAGGGUGGGAGUGUUUGGUGGUCUGGGAGUGGCUCAGGGCAUCUUCGUAUUUAUCGGUACACUCCUCCUGGCCAAUGGAUCGAUCAGUGCAUCUCGUAUCAUGCAUUCAAAGCUGCUUAACAACAUCCUGCGAGUUCCCAUGGUGUUCUUUGACACCACGCCCAUUGGGAGGGUGGUCAACCGCUUUGCAAAGGACAUUUUCACAGUGGACGAAACCAUUCCAAUGUCCAUACGCUCCUGGAUCCUGUGUCUGCUGGGUGUGCUGGGCACACUGUUUGUCAUCUGUCUGGCCACUCCUUUCUUCAUCAUCAUAAUCAUUCCUCUGGCCCUGAUCUACUACUUUGUACAGCGCUUCUAUGUAGCGACUUCAAGACAGCUGCGUCGGCUGGAUUCAGUGUCUCGCUCCCCUAUAUACUCACACUUUAGUGAGACGGUGUCUGGUCUGUCAGUGAUAAGAGCCUACGGCCAUCAAGACAGGUUUCUUAGACACAACGAAAUAACCAUUGAUAAAAACCUCAAGAGCGUCUACCCGUGGAUAGUGUCAAACAGAUGGCUGGCCAUCCGUCUGGAGUUCGUUGGAAACUUGGUGGUGUUUUUCGCUGCUCUGUUUGCCGUCAUCUCCAAAAAUUCUCUUAACAGCGGCCUGGUUGGCCUGUCCAUAUCCUACGCCCUCAAUGUAACCCAGACACUCAACUGGCUUGUUAGGAUGACCUCAGAGCUGGAGACCAAUAUUGUCGCCGUGGAGAGAGUGAGUGAAUACAGCAAGCUUGAAAAUGAGGCUAAGUGGGUGACUAACAUUCGGCCGACACAAACAUGGCCUGACAAUGGACAUCUACAGUUUGACAACUACAAAGUCCGUUACAGACCUGGAUUAGACCUGGUGCUGCAUGGAAUCACCUGUGACAUCAAGAGCACUGAGAAGAUUGGUAUAGUGGGCCGUACAGGAGCUGGGAAAUCAAGCCUUACCAACUGCCUGUUCAGAAUUAUUGAAGCUGCUGAAGGUCGGAUCCUCAUUGAUGGUGUUGAUAUUUCCCAAAUAGGCCUGCAUGAUCUGAGAAACAGGCUCACAAUCAUACCACAGGAUCCAGUGUUGUUCUCAGGGUCGCUGAGGAUGAACCUGGAUCCAUUUGACAAAUUCACUGAUGAGGACAUCUGGAGAGCACUGGAGCUCUCCCAUCUGAAGGACUAUGUAGCGGGGCUGCAGGAAGGGUUACAACAUGAAGUCACAGAGGGUGGAGAGAAUCUCAGUGUCGGUCAGAGGCAGCUGCUGUGUCUUGCCCGAGCACUCCUGAGGAAGUCUCGCAUCUUAAUCCUGGAUGAGGCCACAGCAGCAGUUGAUCUGGAAACGGACAACCUGAUUCAGAGUACCAUCCGCAAAGAGUUUUCACACUGCACUGUCCUCACCAUCGCCCACCGCCUGCACAGCAUCAUGGAUAGCUCCAGGGUAAUGGUGCUUGAUGCUGGGAAAAUAGUAGAAUUUGAUUCUCCAAGCAGCCUGCUUGAAAAACAAGGAAUUUUCUAUUCAAUGGCAAAGGAGGCUGGGAUAACAAAAGACCUCACGGCUUUAUGAAUUUGCACAUUUACUUUUGAUUUGAUUUUUGCAAUUGCCUUUGAUGUUUGAUUUUAAAAGCUGGAUUGUGUUUGGACAUAAAGAAAUAUUUGUAAUAUUUGUAUUUAUAGGAAAAAAUAUCUAGAAAUCAUAUUCAUAUCUGUAAAUAAUGUUUAUAUGAGAACAAUAAAGAUUCUUUCUCAAA